AAGACAGCGGGGGAAGAUGGCGGCGGCCAUACCACAGUGGGCCUGGACCGUGGAGCAGCUGCGCAGCGAGCAGCUACCCAAGAAGGACAUUAUCAAGUUUCUACAGGACCACGGUUCAGAUUCGUUUCUUGCAGAACAUGAGUUACUAGGAAACAUUAAAAAUGUGGCCAAGACAGCCAACAAGGACCAUUUGGUUACAGCCUACAACCACCUUUUUGAAAGUAAACGUUUCAAGGGUACUGAAAGUAUAAGUAAAGUGUCUGAGCAGGUGAAAAAUGUGAAGCUUAAUGAAGAUAAACUCAAAGAAACCAAGUCUGAAGAGACUCUGGAUGAGGGUCCACCAAAAUAUAUAAAAUCUGUUCUUAAAAAAGGAGAUAAAACCAACUUUCCCAAAAAGGGAGAUGUUGUUCACUGCUGGUAUACAGGAACACUACAGGAUGGGACUGUUUUUGAUACUAAUAUUCAAAUGAGUUCAAAGAAGAAGAAAAAUGCCAAGCCUUUAAGUUUUAAGGUUGGAAUAGGCAAAGUUACCAGAGGAUGGGAUGAAGCACUCUUAACUAUGAGUAAAGGAGAAAAGGCUCGACUAGAGAUUGAACCAGAAUGGGCUUAUGGAAAGAAAGGACAGCCUGAUGCCAAAAUUCCACCAAAUGCAAAACUCAUUUUUGAAGUGGAGUUAGUGGAUAUUGACUGAAAUAGCAAUGCUUCGGAUAUAAAGACAUCAGCAACAAUGAAACAUGGCCUUGAAGAAACUUAUGUAACUAAUUAGAGCUGGUUACUAUUGUAAGGGAAGAGUCAACUGGAAAAUUCAAGAACUCCGAUAUUGUUUACCUAAUCCCCAACUUUUAAUAUAUGUAAUCCAUUAUAAUUCCCUAAAGUUCGAAAUAUUUUACUACAACUGUGUAAAAUAUUGGUUAAGGAGAAAUGACUUUCCUUUUACCUCAUGUUGUAAACUAAAAGGCUCAAUAAAAACAUAUUCAGUGUCUUGAAAAAAAAAUAAAAGACAUACAAUAAGGAAAUCUGAAGAUCAUCUUGAUAUUUAACGCUAUUAUGAAGGAAUUACUGU